AUGGUCACCACAGAAUCCUCUCCGCUCCUCCCCCAGCAUCAUCUCCCGAAUCCCUCCAAUACGUCACCGCGAGGAAACCGUCCGCCGCGGACAGUGACCUUCAACCCAUUGGCGACUGUCAGCACUUACCAUGACUCGACCUCCGCCGAUCCCACGUUUAGACCUCUUCAGUCCGGCUCCUCAUCUGCACCGCAUUCUCAGGAGAGCCAUUACCGACCGACCGGCCUCUCCGCCCUGAAUAGCAAGCUCCGCCGGCGGAACAGCCAUGGCGCUCCGUUCAGCACCGCAAACACCCCAAUCGCUGCAGCCCCCAAAGUCGGACCGCAAAGAACGACGAAAAAUGCCCAAAAACUCAAACUGCUUCCCGAUCCGGUGACUGAGGCCGAGGAGGAGCUUGGUGGAGAUGACUUUCCGUCCGAUGUCUAUUCGCAGAUUGCCCGGAUCAAAGAACCCACGGCGAGGAGUCAUGCUGCAAAGUUAGGAAAGGCCGACAGAGAGCGUCUGCCGCGAGUGACUGCCUACUGCACAGCCAAUUCUUAUCGACUGGAGGGAAUAAUCAAGUUUCUCAAGUCUCGUUCUAAAACCCGCGGGGCCAACCCGAAGCUCUACGACGAAUGUGUCUACUCUCCAUAUGACUACGGCUAUGAGGAAAAGCAGAAUGGCACAUGGGGUCUUUCGAAUAAUGGAAUGGGCAUGGCGGAUAGUCACCCUGGUCAACGGCCGUCCAAUGAGCGCCGCUACUCGGACAGUGUGGUUGAGGUUCAGGAUAACACCAAUGCUCGACGGGAAGACCUCAUAGAUCUACGGGACUCUCAAUCCCACUCCACCGAUAUAGAUCACGCUUCGAGUACUGCUGUGUCAGAAAACCAAGGAGAUGUACAUCCCGACUUCGACACGACGAUCCAUACCCCUGAAGUGUUUCUCUUUGAUUACGGCACAGUCGUCAUAUGGGGCAUGUCACCUGCACACGAGUCACGAUUCUUAUCCGAUGUUUCCAAAUUUGCCGCUUCCAUCCUCAGCCCCGAAGAUACCCAGGUUGAGAACUUCAAUUUCUACUAUGCUCGCGAAUAUCAAGCCCGGAUAUACAACGACUUUAUCUCUCUGCGCGAUCCGCGUAACCACAUGAUCAAACUGGCCAUCUCCCACGCAUUGGCUCAAUCCGUCAAGACCUCCCUAUUCGAAGACCUCGUAUCCGAGACCAUCUCCAACACCGCACCCCUACCCGCCCAGAUCGCCCAGACAGGAAGUGUCAACCUCACCCGCCGCCAGAUCAACAUGCAAAUCGGCGAAUUGUUCAUCCUCCGGAUCAACAUUCACCUGCAAGGCUCGGUUCUAGACUCUCCAGAACUUAUGUGGGCCGAGCCCCAACUAGAACCGGUUUACCAGGCCGUCCGCAGUUACCUUGAAAUGGACCAGCGCGUAAGCCUGCUCACCGAACGACUGGACGUAAUAGCGGAUCUUCUCGCCGUCCUCAAAGAUCAAUUAACUCACCGCCACGUAAUUGUUCUUAUUGCGGCAGAAAUUCUGGUCGCAGCUAUCAACAUCGUAGUUGACUUGUACGCUGGCGUGGAGUGA